AUGUGGCCCAACACCCCUGCGCAUGAUGAUAUCUACGCCUAUCAAUCCAACACCGCAACCGCACGCCCACCGUCACUCCCACGCAUUGCCGCCGCAGCUCCGAUUGUGCACAAUUAUUACGUGCAGGAUGAUCGCCUGCGGGUUCCCACGCCGCUUCUCUUGACGCCUAACAUCUCCAUGGACAGUCUCGCUCUCAGUCAACCACAACCCCCAACAGCAGCACACGCACAAAGGACAGGAGAUGAAGUUGAUUAUCAUCAUCACGAAGAAGAACAAGAACAAGAACAACAACGACAACGAAGAAAGAGAUAUCGCAUCAGAGAUUCGAAUCGCAAUGAUGGGGUGUUAGUAAACCCAUACGCCGCAGACCAUCAGGGCCCUGUGCGCCCCGUCACUGCAGAGGAGGAGCGGGCCCGCUUAAAUGCCUCCAUUGAGUCCCACAGACGUGCCAAACUCCCACGCAAGGAACCCCUUCCAGAUCUCCAAUACACCACCAAUAACAAUAAUAACAAUAACAAUAAUAAUAAUAAUAAUAAUAGCCAUAGCAGUGUAUAUGACGUGAAUGGAAUGCAUGCGAAUGCCGUGGAGUUGCGGCAGCUGCGCUCGCAGUAUGAUGCGCUGCACACACUCGUCACAGAGACCCGCGCGGAGUUGCGCCGCAGCCGCGAGGAGACGGAACGGGCGCGCAGUGCGGCCGACGGCGCCGUGGAGGAACUGCGGGCGGCGGUCGCUCGACUGACGGCACACGUGGAGCUCCACGCCGGCCGCCACGCCGCCCUCGCCGACGCGUUGAGUGGCGCCCCCGCCCUUCUCGACGUCUGCCGCGCGGAUAUCGCCGCCCUGCGCGGAGAAGCGAAACAAACCGCAGCGGCACUCGCCGUUCUGCAAAGCACCGUAGCGGAUCUGAAAGCACACAACAACACAACAAGAACAACAACGGCAGCAAUAAUACCAUCAGCAACAGCAGCAGCGGCACCAGUCCUUUCAUUAUCGGCUCCGGCAGCUUCAACGGGAGGAGAGGCGACAACAACUGCGGUGGGAGGGGGAUUUGGAUUCAACACGGCGGUGAAGCCGGCAGAGAGUGCGGUCGGCGCGGCCCCCGCCUUCCCGGGAAUAGAGAAUAAGACAACACCGGUUCCUGCAGGGACAACAGGAGCCAUUGGAGGUUUUUCAUUUGGUGGAGCCUCCACCGCCCCAGUAGCACAGUCACCACAGCCUCCCGUUGUCGCCGAGGUGAAAUCGGAGAACACUGUAAAUAAUAAUAAUAACACCAACAACCCAUUUGGGGCUUCUCAAGAAAGUAUGGCACAAAGAACAUCAACAAAUACAUCUACAACAGGAUUGAGUUUCCCAAUGAAUACCUCUACAGUAGGAUCUAAUCCAUUUGCUGCGUCUCAAACAAAUAGUGGAGCCUCAUCUUCUUCUUCUCCAUUUGGUUUACCGACGAAUACGAAUCCACCCGCCGCUACAGAGCAAUUACAAUUUGCAAAACCUUUAGAUACGAUGCCAAUAUUUGAUUCUGAUCCUUCUAAAGGGGCAUCUCUUGGUUCUCGUUCCAAAAAAACGGCACGUCGUUACUAA